AUGCAAUUACACUUCAAUGCCAACAGAGAUGAGACCAAAAGCAUUGCAUACGUCAAGAAACUAACCCAACGUCUGGGUUACGUGAUGUGCACCGACCCGGACACCGCCAUCAUUAGAUACGUGUGCUCAGUGGUCACCGUUAGGGCCACACAGCUAUUGGCCGCAGUGUUGGCCGCACUCAUAGACCGGUGCGAUCGGCCGCGGGUUACCGUUGCGAUCGAUGGCUCGCUGUAUAAACAUCACCCGAAGUUCCACCGAUUGAUGACUGACUUUACUCGUGAAUUGCUGGACACGGAUAAGACAUUUAAGCUGAUUCUGGCCGAAGAUGGUUCGGGCAAAGGGGCCGGACUCGUGGCCGCCAUUGCCCAGAGAUUUUGGGCCAAACAUAACAAUAAUUAUAUCGAUACCAAGCUUUGA